ACAUCCGGUCGUAUAUAUUUUGCCACGAGUUAGCGGCGAAUUUGGAGAGUGUCCAUUUUGAGCAGCGAAUCGGCGCCUCCGUUUUUUCCCUCUUAAAGUAAGCGUACUUUUGUAGUUCAUACUCCAGAUUUUGGAUUGUAAAAAGGGAUUUGAGCGUUAAAUUAAGUUGUGUGUAAUAAUGGUGUUUUAAUCGAACUAUUUUAGACGCAAUGUGUGUGUUUAUUCGCAUGAAAUGUAGCUAGUUGCUUGCUAGCAUCAGUGUUGCUAAGCACGUUAACGCGGUUACAGAGUUCAGUUAACGGUCUGUUCGUCUAUUUCAGGAGAAAUUACUCCGUUUUACUUUCUUGCAUAUUGUGUCACUUUUGGUUUGUUAUUUAAUUAAACCGUGGGGGUCAUUUCAUUCAGUUUUAACGCGGUACCUGUUAGCCAGGCCUGCAGUCAACCUGACGCGGAGCAAAGCGCGGUCCGCUUAAACUGGAGACUCACGCCAGUGUUCUGACAAAAGCUGCUACCAUAGCUUAGAGCGGCACUCCGUCACAAAUUGUACCUUUAUGCGAAUAUUGCCAUAAACUCUAACGUGAUAAAUACGUUGUAAGAUCCGUCGUUUGUAGUUGUUACAGAUCACUUGAAGGUUGCUCGUAUAUGUGUAUUGUGUGCUUUAGCCUUUUGUGAUGUGUGGUUUAGCCUUUUGUGAGAAUAGAAAGGAUAAGCGUACCCAAACUUUAAGUUUUCCUAAUUUUUUAUCGGGACAGAAACAGAGUAGAUAACAUUUCACACCAAGUUACUUGUAUCAUGUAUUGUGGGGUUACUUUAGCAGUUUUCAUCAAAUGAAUACACAAAAUAAACGUACAAACGCUACUCUCUUAACUAUGCGCAUGCGCGGACGAUAGUUUUGCAAGGAAGCGAUAGCCGUUAGAUCACCUAUUUUCCUUUUCCUAUGGGCUAAUGAGGUCGCGCUAAAGCAGCGUGUCCCCCCUCGUUAUCGUUGCUUUUCCUACGUAAACUUUUGUUAUUCUUAGUGAGUAAACGACGCCGCUUUGCUCCAAAAUAAGUGACCAUUCCUGGACUGCUCACCCUUUGUGCAUUGUGUAUGAUAACCAUUCAUAGUAAGAGGUUUCAUUGACCUUAGUAAGUGCUGGUAAACGUUAAACAAGGCUAUAUCGGCGACAAAUUUCUGUGUUUUUAAGCUUUUUUUUUUCUUAGGUGUACUUUAGGCAGAAAAAUGUAGAUUUUUCACGCAUGAACGCCUCUCUCUCUCUCUCUCUGACAGUCAUACACAGAAUUUACUGUUCAGCUACAUACCAAAAUAAAGCUCUGUCUUUCUUUAGAAAAUCAGAGGUUGAUAACUUGAUUAAAAGUCUCCUCUGUUCUUUUCCAGUCUCUUUAAAAACCCACCGUCAGAAUGGCAGAUGCUGAGACACUCCUCAUGGAAACAUCAGAUCAGAAUGGAAACGAGGAAGAGGAGGACCAGAACGGUGCCGAGCAGGAACUGAUGACCGGAGACGAAAUCCAGGAAGAAACAGACAAUGGCACAGAUGGAGGGAAGAUCGAUGCCAGCAAAGGAGAGGAGGAUGCUGGGUAAGUGCCGAUCACAGCCGAGGUGCAUCCAUGGUUAAGAAAUGUAUCGCUAUACUUGGGGGUUAAUUUGAAAGGUGUGGGUAAAAGAGGCUCAAACAAAGCGUGGAGAUGUGUAGAUGGAGAUGGAGUCAUUUCUGCUCAGGAACCUGUUCAUAUGUCAGGAUUUUAUCAAGUGCAGUGAUAAAAGACAAUAAUUUAAGCAGAGUAGAAAAAUGGAGUCAUUAAAAGUAACUCAGAAUAUUACAAAGAAGACAUUAUGGGCUCAAAUUGACUGUUUUCUUUCCCUCUGCAGAAAAAUGUUUGUGGGCGGCCUCAGCUGGGAUACGAGUAAAAAAGACCUGAAGGAUUACUUCAGUAAGUUCGGUGAAGUGUUGGACUGCACCAUCAAGAUGGAUCAAAGCACUGGACGAUCCCGAGGCUUUGGCUUCGUGCUCUUCAAAGACUCUGCCAGUGUGGACAAGGUGCGUGUUCGUCUGAUUUCCUGGUCACAGUUUGAAAUGCAAACGCUUAAAUUGAGUUUGUCGACACUUUUGGAUUGAGUAGGAUAAAACUAACCUCUUCAAUUGCACUUGUUUUGACUUGACUGCAAAUUAAACACCAGAGUAGUGGAAAUCUAAGCUGCUUUACGUGUGCCCCAUGUAUGGAAGUGUUAUUUGAUAAAGGACAAAAGACCAUGGAGGAAAACUUCUAUAGAACGCAAUGAUAGGUUAUGUUAUAGAGGAUUAUAUCACACUCCUAUAUCUGAGUCAGGUGAUUAUAAAGUGACUGUAUUGGGAGCGUGGAUUCUCCUACAAUCUUUAAGUUUAACAUGCUGCAUAUUCUAACAGAAAAUAUGUCAACACAGCCGGAGAUUAUCUGCAGGAUGAUGCUGGGUUUACAUGAGCUCAUCCAAGAUGUGAGGGUGCUCAAUGUUUACGAGUUGAAUGCCUUCAAAUCCCAACUUUAAUGCCAACAAACUCUGACAAGAUAUGAGAGUGUUCAGUAUCACAGCUUACUCAGACUUAACACUGAAUCAUAUCGGGGGGUAUUUAGGAAAUGUUCCAGGCAAAUUUCGGCAGAAAACUUGGAUGUUUUUGUUCACACAUACAGCUCAUCCACUUGGUAAUUCAGGACAUUUUCAGGAACUUGUGCAAGUCUGGAAGCGUCAUUGUUUAUAGGGCCUGAUUUGGCUGUUGAGGGGUAAAACUAAUGGAAUCGAGCAGAAUCAUGCUGGAGACGGUUAUCAGAUAUUAUUCAUAAGUUUGUGAUCUGUACCAGCUCUGGAUUAAAUAAAAUGUGUCUUUCCUCAGGUGCUGGCACAGAAGGAACACGGGCUGGACGGGCGUACAAUCGACCCCAAGAGGGCGAUGGCCAUGAAGAAGGAGCCCGUCAAGAAGAUCUUUGUCGGGGGGUUGAUCCCUGAGGCGACAGAGGAAACAAUUAGGGAAUAUUUUGGGGCAUUUGGAGAGGUAGGUUUGGUUCGACAACGUCAUUUAAACUGAGUUUUUUAUCUUGGCAUAGACCUUUUAUACUGAACUAGUGGAGAACAGUUGAGUUUGAACAGGGUUACAACAGCAAAGUGCAAAAAAAAAUCAGUAAAAUUAAAACAGAAAGUCAGCAUUGAAAAAGAAAACUCAUGUUUAACGAUCUGAUUCGUCAUCUUAGAGAGCUGUACUAAUUAUUCUCUGAAGUCAGACUUAAAUCAUUCCUCCACACUUGCUUUCAGAUUGAAACCAUUGAACUCCCCAUUGACCCCAAGUCAAAGAAAAGGAGGGGUUUCAUCUUCAUCACGUACAAAGAUGAGGCCAGCGUCAAGAAGUGUCUGGAGAAGAAGUUUCACAGCAUCCAGGGCAGCAGGGUAACCAAACACACACACACACACACACAUGCGUUCUUACAGUGGGUCCGGAGUUGCCUCGUCCGUUAUUGUAACAUGUGUUUAUCUGUCCUCCUUCUUUAGUGUGAGCUGAAGAUUGCCCAGCCGAAGGAGGUGUAUCAGCAGCAACAGUACGGAGGAGGACGUGGCGGUGGUUAUGGAGGUCGGGGAGGCAGGGGCCGUGGAGGUAACCAUCUGAACUCAGAACAUACCCCCACCUUGUGGUGAAACUGAACCUUUUUGAUUAACAAAUGAAUCCAAACUUGGAGACUGAAUCCUAAACAUGAAAACUUUGUGUCUCAGGUCAGAGCCAGGGCUGGAACCAGGGCUACGGAAACUACUGGAACCAGGGGUAUGGUAACCAGGGCUAUGGCUAUGGUGGAUACAGUGGCUAUGGAAACUAUGACUAUUCUUCUGGUUACUACGGAUACGGUCCCGGAUAUGAUUAUAGUGAGUACACGUUUCGUCACUUUUUCGUAUCUUUGAUUUGUAUCAUACUGUUGAAACUGAGGCACAAAUAAGUCAAAAUUAGCAGGUUUUGAUCAUUUUCAACGUGCGGUGAGUUGAUGAAGUCUGCGACAGGUGUGUUAAUGAGUGAACUCCUUAGCUGAGGGAGGGACCAUUUUGGUGCCUGAUCUUUGGGCUGGGCAUUAAAGCCGUCUUUUCACACGUUGAGCAGCUUGUAAAGACAACUAUUCAGCAAAACUGAGCGCUGCCACACUCUGUUAGAUUUACAUUUAAAACUGAACACGAGUUUCUGUAUCAUACAAGCUUCAGAUUUUUGAUCCUUUUUCAUUCUGACAAAAUGAUCCCAUAUAUCAUAAAUCUGGAUGUACUGACAAACAGGGCAGAAGUCAAGGACAGGUUGUUUGAAAAACGUGACCUGAUAUGAUUUGCUGGUCGUAUGCACAUCACAUAAGCACCAUUUUAACCGCAAAUGGUGCGAAAACAGCAAAGCGAGUGUUGAAAGUGAAAUUUCAUGCAUUGCGUUCUUGAACUGUAUGAUCAUUUUUGAAUCUGAUUCCUGCAACAGAACAACAAAAUACUGAAAAACUUGAGUAAUGCUUCAAAACACCAAGAGAAACUUCUCCAAAGGUUGAUUUGUGACAGGUUAGAAACAUGACUGGGUAUAAAAAGUGAAUUCUAGACAAGCUGGGAAGGAGUCUAAACAGUUCAGUUCAACAUAAUUUUCCUCAGCCCAGAACUGUUUAAGAAUUUGGGGCUUUUCUCUUUUUUAAAGUACAUGGUACUCAAGAUUCAGAGAAGCAGGAAGGACGAAGUUUAAGCAACCCUGACACGAAGACAGCACUGAUUAAAAAUAGCACAGUUCUCUCAGAAAUCAAUGAAUGGGCGUGAAUUCGCCAGCAUCCACGAACAGUUUGGCCCAGCAUCCACAAAUGCAGGUCAAACUGCACCAUGCAAAGAGGAAACCAAAUAUAAACAUGGCCCAGAAACACCGGCAACUCCUCUGGAAAUGGGCCCAGUACAGAUGGACCAGCAAAGAGAAAACUGCCCUGCAGCCUGACAUGUUAGGUUUUUAUUUUUUGGAAAUCGUGGACAUAACGUCCUCAAAACUGGAUCAUCUGUAAAGACCACAUCCUGCAGGGAUUACAGCAGCGUGACUCUGUAGUAGAAGAGGACAGGCGGCAAUAUGAGCUGCCUGCAGUCCUGACUUAACACCCAUCAAAAACAUUUGGAAUAAAAAAAAAAAGACUUCUUUUAAAUUAAACCUGAACUGUUGAGCAGCUGAAAAUUUUAAAUUUCACUUUUGUAACUGUAGAACUGAUGUCAGUGUUUUCAGGUGUUUAGUAGAAGUUGUCAGAGAAGAGGUGACUCGACACAAUGAUAAACACACCCCUGCCCAAACGAUUUUGAGUGUUCAUGGUUUGCACGCUAUCUAACUGUAUUUGUUGAAUCGGGGUUGUAUCACCUACGUCAUUUGUUUUGAUUUUAUACAGGCACUUUGUAGAGUUAAACCUAGACUACUGUUGCUCUGCAGAAACACUGCUGGCAUGUAUAGAUGUUGAUCAUCCAGGAGUAGUUGACUUUGUUAUAAUUUCCGGCCGUAUUGCCCAGCCCUACGAACAAAGGUGAACUCCUCAAAGUCAGGCAAAAUUGGGCCAUUUAUUAUUUAAGUCUUCAAGUACUUUCACUGUGUGUAAAAUUAACCCGAAACUGUCGUUGCUGCAUGCUGUGACUCUGAUCUGAUCUAUCCUGUCUGCCCCACAGAUCAGGGCAAUGCAAGCUAUGGUAAAACUCCACGACGGGGGGGACACCAGUCCAGCUACAAGCCAUACUGAUGAUCACUGGUUAGUGCAAGGUAUGCCAUGGCCGUCACUUCCCUCCUUUUUAUAUGCAGUCAUGUUGCCCAAAACUUGAAAUGUGACCGUUAUCGUGGACUUUUAAAGGUAGCAGGUUGUAAUUACAUUUAGCCGGAGUGUUAAGGUUACAUGCAGGAACUUAAGGCUGGACAAAGAGAGCACAGUGCAUCAGAAUUUUGAUGGUAAACAAAAUCCAGACAAAGAAGAGACGCAUAAAGAUGAAGCCAAUGUUUUGUCAUCCUACAACCUAAAUAUUUUUUUAGUUUGAGUUUUAAAUUGCAUUUAAAUCCUUAUUUAUGGUCGACAAAAUGUUUUAUAACUUUGUAAAUAGGGGUUUCAGAUCCUGAGUUGGAGAAAGUAACGGUGUUUUUUUCUUUUUCUUUUUCUUUUUUUUGUUUUGUUUUUGUUUGUCUCCCCUCAGAUCUCCAGUGAUCCAGUGAGACUGAUGGCUGAACGGACACACUGGGCAUGACAUGACCUCUUUUAUGACAGAAGACCAUUUGUACAGAAAACACCUGAAAUGUAACUUUUCCUCUCUCUCUCUUUUUUUUUUUUUUGUUUUUUUUUUUUUUUUUUUUUUAAUCCUUUUUCAUUUUUAGGUUUUACUUUACCCUUUGGUGUUCUUUUUUGUUUUUCCUCCCCUUCCACAUUUCCACCCACGGAAGUGUAAUUUUUACUGUACUUUUUGGUACCCGUUUUGAUUCUAAUGUAUUGUAAGGCUUGUAUUUUACAUGUUCGCUGGCUUUACAGGUUAAAUCAUGGCGCUGUAAAGAAGCUUUUUUGACAAAUAAAAAAAUGUUUUCAGUAACUUUUUUUUUCUGUUCUUAGUUUCCAGAUUCUGGGCUUGAAGAUUGAGUUAAUGUUGAACAGAUGAAGGAUACAAAGUUUUCCUAUUAAAAUUUCACAUUGAUUUCUCAGUGUUUUGUAGCCAUAAAAUGCAUUGGUCUGUAAUUUUAAAAAGUUUAAGCUGUCUCAUAACUUUUAAUUGUGCUUCACGUGCCCCAAAAUGACCCGAUUGGUAUUUCCUCCUUGUUAAUGUGAUAGUUUGAAGUAGUUUCUGGUCCUAAAGGUGAACCAGCUUCUGUCUUUCAGGGACUUUUUGACUUAAGUAGGUAGAUUAACAUCCAAGAAUGAAAAGGUGUGGGGAUGUAAGAGGGAAAAGUAUUAGAUUUCACACAAAUGUGGACUUCCUGUUGAGUUGGCAUCUUUUUUAUUUGUGAUCCAGCAAAUUUUGUUCAGUUCCCAUGCACGUUUAGUUUGUGCUUUCCAAGUGCCGCUGGUUUUAGAAUUACUGCUCUGAAGUUAAAUGUUUGCUUAGUUUUUUUCUGGAGCGGCUCCAGGUCUCUGGAGUCUUCUCAGCUAGUGUCUCUGGCAAUUUUAUUAGUAAUAAACAUAUUCGUUUGUAAUAAU